AUGCUCUUCCUAUCGCGGCGCUUGCAGCCUCUUCGAAUCUGCAAGGAUGACACGUUGCUCGAGUUCUUCCCUCAAGAACUUACUAUCAUCGAGGUAGUGCAAAUCAUCGUGAUCUUUGUGGCUCGUCAGAUACUUGCUGUACUUGGACGGGAAACCAAGUUCGAGGUCGGGAAGACUGCUGAUAACGACAUAGAAUAUGUCCUGCCUGAACUGCGAUUGUCGAUGCCGAUGCGCAUCGCAGAACGUGAUUUACGGAAAUAUGCUACGGCCGUGGGACAGACUGAUUACAAAGAGAUUUUCCAGCGUCAUGAGCAGUUGUGCUUGAUCUUAUCGGCGUUUAGUGAGCCUGCAUUUCUGUUGUUGCUUGCGCAUCACAGGAGUCCUGUUCGGCCUGUAGGUUCUGUUAAUGUCAAAAACAGAUUUGAGUUGUUGAGGUUUGAUAUGUGCAGUAUGGAGAGGAUGCUUGAUCGCGUGGGAUACGAGGCACGAGCGAGAAUGGUACCUGUGGCUCGCAGGGUGAAAAGAGGGCUGGAGAUUGAUCUGGAAGUUGAGGUGGUGGAUGUAGAGGAGGAUGUUGUGAUUUUCAGGCAAGUUUUCACAACUUUGCAGUUCAUGAGAUUCAAGAGGGGUGUUGACCAGUCGAGAGCUAGCGAUUUGUCCGCGUCUCAAGAUUCUUGGCCAGAUGACUGUCCUAGUAAGUCUUUCAGCAUUGCCAGAGAGCUGACUAUGAUGUGGGCGUAUGUGUGCAAGGACUAUAACCCGAUUCAUAGCUCGAGACUUGCAGCUAAAGUUCUGGGCUUUCCUGAUCGAUUGCUACAUGGUAAUCAUGCCUUUGCUUGGGCAUUGCAAGCAAUACCGUCUUCUGCCGAGCAUGAGGUGAAGGAGGUAAAGAGUUCAGUUUUGGUAGUAGAGGUGCAAUUCAAGAGGCCGAUAGUUGGCUCUAGCAAGUUGGUUGCCGAAGCAUAUCAGGCAGAGAAUGGAGAUUCAUGGCUGAUCAGAGUGUGCAAGGCAGGAGACAGCAAGGUGUAUAUCACAGGUUCUAGAAAAAGACUGGAGUAA